AUGGCUGCACAAAAGAAACCAAGACGAAAAAGUAUUCAACACAGCGAUCCAGGAAAGAUUUUAGAUUUAGUAAUGAGUUUAACCGACGAUACUUGUGCCCAACUACAAGUGCGGCUGAAUACCUACUUACUUGAAGAGUGUGAAGCCGAUCUAGUCUUCCAGGUGAUAGUCCAUCGUGACCGCAAGGAAGCGUACAUAGAAGUAGUUGGCAAUAUUGCUUUACCACGGAAAAUGAAAAUAAACUUAUCUCCUAAACUUAACGAGACACUGAAGUCAAGUCUGGAUCAUUCUGAUCUCUUAUGCAACUUCGAAGAGGAUUUCCAGUCCAUCAUCACACCACAUAUAGCUAAAGACAAUACAAGGAAGCGUGUGAUAAUGUUCUCUGUGGUGGACAACCCGUUUUCAGACAUCUUCUGUGUGAUAGGACCCAGGAUACCGGAGGGCAAUGUCCCAAUCAUCAUUCAUGAAUGCGGAUUAUUUACUUGGCCUACGUUAAAGAAAACGAUAGCUUUCGAAUACGAAUGUACUCUGAAAGUAAAGUGCCAGCAACUUCUGAGAGUUGCUAAACGGCUAUUCACUCAAGUGGCAUCGCUAGAGACUCUUCUACAAAUCGCGAUGGAGCAAGCCAAGCUAUUGACCAAAGCCGAGUACUGCUCUGUUAUGCUCAUAGAUGUUGAGAAAAUGGAACUGUACGACUCCUGCCCACUAUUUCAGGCUAGUGAUGACUCGCAUGAACGUCGUUUCCCCUUAGGAGUUGGGAUAGCCGGAGAAGUGGUUAAGACCGGGUCACUGAUCAACACUCGAUCAGCUAAAGACCACCCGUCUUUUAACCCUAGUAUUGACAGCUUACCAAAUAUCAAUUGCAGAAACCUGCUAUGCUUCCCCAUCCGGGAGCAAUCCGGUAUCAUUGGAGUUGGGCAACUGAUCAACAAGAUCAACGACCCUUACUUCGACGGUAUGGAUGAGGAGAUGGCUCUCGCCUUCAGCAUCUACUGCGGUGUCUGCAUCAUACAUUCGGUGGUCUACCAGAAGAUACAGGAGGCUCAUAUCAGGAAUGCUUUAGCUAAUGAGCUGGUUAUGUAUCAUAUGAAGGUGAGUGAUUCAGAAGUGACUCGCAUGCUGUCCUGCACUGGUUACCACAACCACCCUCACCUCAGCAGCCUGCACUUCAAUCCUCGAGCGCUCCCGCUGCGGGAACUGCCGUGCUAUGUCAUGAAGAUGUUCGCCGACCUUGGAUAUGAUAAGAGGUUCAACAUAAAGCCAAACAAGAUGGCUCGCUUCAUCCUAUACGUGAAGAAAGGGUAUCGUGACGUGCCGUACCACAGCUGGCUGCACUCGUUCAACGUCGGCCAGUGGGCAUACGCUGCGCUGGUCAACUAUAAGCUAGUGGCUCAGGGAUUCUUCAAUGACUUGCAAGCGCUAAUGUUCGUGCUGGCGGGCUUAAUGCACGAUAUUGACCAUCGCGGCACUACCAACAGUUUCCAGAUUAACGGACAGACGAAUCUAGCAGCCCUAUACUCGAGCGAGGGCAGCGUGAUGGAACGCCACCACCUGGCCCAGGCCAUGUGUAUACUCAACACGGAGGGCUGUGACAUCCUCGAGUCGCUCCCUCGAAGGGAUUACGAUAGAGCCAUCAUGAUGUUGAGGGAUAAUAUUCUGGCUACAGACCUGGCUAAUUAUUUUAAGAACUUCAACGAAUACAAGGUGAUAUCAAUGGACUACCAGAAGGGCAACCGGUUGCACUUCUCAGCGCUGCAGUGUCUGCUGAUGAACGCUGCAGACUUGAGUGAUCAGCUUAAGGAUUGGGGAAGUGUGAAGAAGACUGCUACUGCAGUGCUAACGGAGUUCUUCAAGCAAGGCGAGUUGGAGAAGAUGCGAGGUGACAACCCUCCCCUCAUCAUGGACCGUGACAAGUGCUUCAUUCCUGACCUGGAGAUACAGUUCCUGCAGAGCGUCUGCUUACCACUUUAUGAUCUGUUGGGUAGGAUAAUACCGAAAGCUGCGCCUUGUACGAAAAUCAUAGAGAACCAUAUUGAACGGUGGGAUGCAUCGAAACCUGUGUUUGCAGAGGUGCCAAUUACAGCAGGCCUGUCGGUUCUCCUAAGUCCUGAGCUAGACAACCUCAUUGAACUCAACCUUAAAGAGAAAGAAAGAAAAGAAAAAGAGCGAAUGGAAAACCCGGGCGACUCGCAAACGUCAGUGGCCGACAAUGACAAGUGAAUAUUACCCGCCUUUUUAUUAUAUUUUGUCUAUGGGUCGGAUUUUCAAUUAUCGAAUAACAUUUGUCUAUGGCAUUGCAAAAAUUAAAUAGUUACUUUUAUUUAUUUAUUACAAUUAUUAGUUAUUCUAAUCUAAUUUUUGUUUGAUAUAAAAAUCACAGAGAUGUUAAUUUUGAGCUGAACUUGAGUUAUUCGACAAUUGGAAAUUCGGCCAUAUGUUAUUUGGUCUCUUUGAUAAAAUAAUUUUAUGGAGUUUAUAAUACAUCAAAAUUGCAUGAGUAUGUACCUAUGUCAAUUCAUCAAAAUUAUAAUUAUGUACUUUAAUAAUUACAGUGAGUUUGUAUGUAUUGGGAUGAAUACAAGAAUGGUUUUGAUUAACUUUUUGAAAAAUGUUUUAUUUAAGAUAUUCUUUCGACACUUAUAAAUAAUUUAGAUAAAUGUCUUGUGUUUGUCUGUCUGUCUAGUCUUUGUUAGUAAUGUUUAGAAAGUUGUAAUGUUUACAAAAUUGUUAAUUGCUAUUUGUCUAUAAUAAAA